AUCUCUCUCUCUCUCUCUCUCUCUCUAUCAGUUAGCAAGUCUCCAUCCGUUCUCUCUCCAUCCUUUCAACAUGCCGAUUGUCGAGAUGUAUGUGCACAUGGACUGCGCUGGAUGUGAAGAUAAGAUCAGAAAAUCCCUUCAAAAGCUAGAAGGAGUGGAUGAGAUAGACAUUGACAUGGGGAUGCAAAAGGUGACAGUCAUGGGGUGGGCUACCCAAAACAAGGUUCUUAAGGCAGUGAAGAAGACAGGAAGACGAGCAGAGUUCUGGCCAUUCCCAUACAACCCUGAGAUCAACAACUUCGACCCGCAAAAUUACUACAGUAACAAUAACAAUCGCCAUGAGCACAAUGAGAAUUACUAUUUCCACCAACCUAAUUACACACAUCACUCCUAUGAACUGCCGCAAAUACCCUCCUCAUACCCCUAUUAUUACAAGCAAGGCUACAGUAGUAAUGAUGACUAUGGCUAUUUCCAUCACUCACCUCCUUCUACUAUGGUUGAUGAUCAAGCUAGCUCUAUCUUUAGUGAUGACAACCCCCAUGCUUGCUCAAUAAUGUAAAUGAGGGGACUUUUUUUGUAAUUUUGUUAGGUGUUUUCCAUAUGUAAUCUUCAUUUUGUGAUAAUUUUUUGGUCGAUUUUUUGUGAAAGGAACGGACUUUUAUAAUGCAUAAAGUGGUGAAAUGUUAUGCAUAGUGUGAAGUUAGA